AUGUCCAGCCCCAACGUGCUCAUCUAUUUGCUGCGCAAGGACUUGCGUGUUUCUGACAACCCUAUCCUCCACCACCUGGCAACGGCUUCGGACCACGGCUUCACACACCUGCUGCCCGUCUUUGUAUUCCCCGCUCACCAGAUUGAGAUAUCUGGUUUCAUCCGCGACGGCAGCAAGAGCCCUUACCCCGAAGCCAGAAGCCAGACAGGCAACUAUUGGAGAUGUGGUCCCCACCGGGCCAAGUUCAUCGGGGAGGCGGUGUGGAACCUCAAAGAGUCUCUGGAGUCUCUUGGUAGCGGGCUCGUGCUUCGCGCGGGAAAACACGGCGAAGUCCUGCAGCAACUUCUCGAGGGUCUGAAGUCCAAAGACCACAAGGUCGGUGCCGUGUGGAUGGUUGGUGAGGAGAGUGUCGAGGAAAGACGGGAACAGAGCGAAGUUGCCGCCGUCUGUGAAAAGCACAGCGCGGAGUUCCGGCUAUGGACCGACGAGAAAUACUUCGUGGACGACCGCGACUUGAGUCUCGCCGAUAUUGCUGACCUUCCGGAUGUAUUCACCACCUACAGGAAGUCAACAGAACCCCUACGCCAGAAGCCUAGAGCGACUCUCCCUAAACCUGAAAAGUACUCCCUCCCUCCAUUCCCCGACGAUUCUCAUAUUCCGGCCCAAGCGUCGCCCUUCACUACCCCUGGUUCUCUCGAGAGACUCCUCGAGGCUCUCGUCAACCCUGUCAAGAACUUCAUCCCGGACUUGCCAGCCUACCCAGAGAGUGGGACCUCGGCCCACCCCUUCAAGGGCGGUGAGGAUCCGGCCCUAGAGCGACUUGAAUAUUUAAUACGGAAGGGUGUCAUGUCAGCGUACAAAGACACUCGCAAUGGGCUACUGGGCACCGAUUUCAGCAGCAAGCUCUCGGCCUUCCUAGCCCAGGGCUGCCUCACAGCACGACAGAUCCAUGAAGCGCUUGUCAAGUUUGAAGAUGGAACCGAGACGAAGUGGGAGGACGUUGAGGGCUACGGAAAGGGGGAGAACGAAGGCACCAAGGCUAUACGCUUCGAGCUGCUGUGGCGCGAUUACAUGCGCUUGUGCACUCGCAAGUUCAAGCACAAGCUUUUCCGUCGGGAGGGGUUCCGAGGCGACAGCGACUACGGCAACGAGAAAAAGAGGCAGUGGAAGUCCGCCAGCCCGGACGGCACCCUGCCGAAUCAGAACCCGAGCCCGGAGGGUGUCGCGAGGAUCCUGGAGCGGUUCGCCGCGGGCACGACGGGCAUGGGCCUCAUCGACGCCAGCCAGCGCGAGCUGAUCCACACGGGCUACACGUCGAACCGCGCGCGCCAGAACGUCGCGAGCUUCCUGAGUAAGCACCUGGGCAUCGACUGGCGCUACGGCGCCGAGUACUACGAGAUGCUGCUCGUCGACUACGACGUGUCGUCCAACUGGGCCAACUGGCAGUACGUGGCGGGCGUGGGCAACGACCCGCGCGGCGAGGCGCGCAUCUUCAACCCCGUUAAGCAAGGGUUCGACUACGACGCCGAGGGCCGGUACGUGCGCGCCUGGGUGCCCGAGGUGGCGCCCCUCGAGAAGCUCGAGAACGUGCUGCAGGCCUGGACGGCCUCCCCGGAGGACCUGGCCAAGGCCGGGCUGGCGGACAGCGUCAUGGUGACGGACCCCGUCAAGAGGAUCAACUUCUCUGUCGAGGGCAAGCCCAGGCCGUCCAGGCGGCCGUUUGUGCGGAGGAGAGGGAAUAAUGGCGGCGGUCGGGGCGGCGGCGGCGGUGCUGGUGCUGGUGCUGGCGGGAACGGUAGGACCCGCGGCAGUGCGAGCAACGGCACGAACAAUGACGCAAGUAAUGGCAACGCGUCCAGUGACCAGUCCGCCACAUCCGGCAACGAGUCGGGACCCUCCGGCCCCGGUGCGAUGGCGCGCCACAAUAACCACCAAGACCGCCACCACAACGGCGGCAGGGCCGGAGGAGGUGGGCAGCUCUCGGCCAGGACUAACAGCAUCCAAGGCUCCUUCCGACCGCCGGAGGGCCCUAGGGGCGGCUUCUACCGCGGGAAUGGGCGCGGCGGCGGCGGAAUCGGUACCGGCAGCAGUGGCGGCGGCCCUCACGGCCGGGGGUUCGGCCCCGGCCGGGGCGGCGGCGUGGGCAACGGGGGGUAUAACCACGGGCUGGAGCCAUACUACACCCUCCCGCCGCCGAUGCACUACCUUGCGCAGUACCCGCACCCGCACCCGCACCCGCACCACCUGCACCCGCACAUGGCGCCGCCUCCGCACAUGCACCACCAGCAGCCGCACCAGCAGUUCCACCAGCCGCAGCUGGCUCCGCCUAAGCAUCAGCAUCAGCAUCAGCACUGGGCUCCUCCCAAUCCCCAGCCGCCGCCGCCGCCGCACGCAGGCGGUCUAUCCUAG